CUGAAAUUUACUCGACUUAUUAGCUCAGCCCUGAUUGGAAGUCUACCAGUCUAGACAUAUCGGGUCAGUUGAAGUUAUACGAAACAACAUUGUAAUGCCAGAGUUGCAGCGCGGACUUGAAAAGUCGACGAUACUAUUGGCAGGAAGAUGAUACCUAUCGACCAGGCAGAAUUGGCAAAACACAACACAGCAGCCUCUUGCUGGGUGGUUAUCCACGGAAAAGUAUGGGACGUUACCGACUUCCUCAACGAGCACCCCGGCGGCGUAGGGCUGAUCAUGAAGUUCGCCGGCCAAGACGCCACAGAUUCGUAUGACGAAAUCCACAAUGCCGACCUAGUUGCGGAAAUUCUCCCAGCGCAGAACUAUCGUGGUAAUCUAGGACACGACUUCACUGCCACCGCCCAGGCCCUCGACACCAACGUCCAAAAGACAAAGACAAAUUCAAAGUCAAUAUAUCCACCCCUAAGCUCCCUAAUCAACAUAUCCGACUUCGAAAAAGUAGCCCAGCUCUACCUCUCCCCCUCAGCAUGGGCCUACUACUCGUCCGGAUCCGAAGACGAAAUAAGCCUGCAAGACAGCCGUCGUCUCUUCACGCGGAUUUCGCUGCGCCCGCGCAUCCUCCGCAACGUCGAGACCAUCUCAACCAGCACAAGUAUCCUCGGUAUCACGUCCUCACUGCCGUUUUACAUUUCUCCCACGGGCCAGGGGCGCUACGCCCAUCGUGAGGCGGAGACGAUACUCACCAGGGCGGCGGGGAUAGAGGGGAUCGUAUACUGCACGCCGACCAGGUCGUCGACGCCCCAUGAGGCUGUUUUCGGGGCACGGGUCAGUAGGGAUCAGGCGGUAUUCUUUCAGUUGUAUGCGAAUCGCGACAGGGGUAAGACGCAGGAACUCAUCCGCCAGGCGGAAGCCCUGGGAGCAGCUGCCAUUUUCCUGACGGUGGACUCGCCCGUCCUCGGGAGGCGUGAACGCGAUGAACGGGUCAUAAUUGAAUAUUUGGGAGAGCAAGAAGGCCAACAGUCGGCUGCAGAUGCAGUUGCAAAUGCAGGCGUGGCCAAAUCAUCCGCCACCGGCCUGCUCAGCUCCUCUCUCACCUGGGAGGAUCUGCACUGGAUCAAGGAAACCACCUCUCUCCCCCUCGUCAUCAAGGGCAUCCAAUCCGUCGAAGACGCAAUCCUAGCCUUCGACCGCGGCGUCCAAGGUAUUGUAUUAUCGAACCACGGCGGGCGAUCCCUUGAUACGGCGCAAGCCCCUAUCCUGACGCUUCUCGAGAUCUCAAGGCAUGCGCCGCACCUGCUUGCUCCAGAGAUGAGGCACAGAUUUCAGGUUUUCCUCGACGGGGGAAUUAGGAGGGGCACGGAUGUACUCAAGGCUUUGGCGCUGGGGGCUACGGCUGUGGGGAUUGGAAGGCCGUUUUUGUAUGCUUUGACUGCUGGGUAUGGGGAGGCCGGGGUGAGAAGAUUGGUGCAGAUGUUGAGGACCGAAUUGAAGGUUAGUAUGGCGCUGGCAGGGGCGGUUUCGGUGCAGGGUGUUGUUGGGGAUAUGGUUAAUAGUGUGAGGGCUGAGCGGGAGGUGUCAAGGAGAGUUAAGCUGUAG